ACAAAAAGGACCCUGGAUUUGCUGUUUUGCCAGCCAAAAGGAUUUCCAAGGAAGUCGCCAUGGCUACUACAAUGCUCGGAGUUGCUAUGUGUGCCGUAUUGCUCACAGGAGUCUUGGGGCGACCAUUUGUCUCUGAAAACGAAGCCAAUCAAUUUUUAGGACUGAAGAGACAAACACCUCUUUUUAACAUUGGGACUCCGACUAUUAGCCAGUUUCGUUGGGGCACUGCCCUGGCUGACAAGGCUGGUAAAACCUGGGAAGCACUGAAGAAGUCAGGACAGUAUUACUUGGACUUUGGAUCUUAUGCAUUUCAUGACGACAAAGCCAGGGACCAUCUUAGCUCUUACAUGGAUUUGUUCCAUCAAUCUGGAGAAGACCUUCCGCAGCAGAGAAGAAAACGUGAGAUAGUUCGACCCGAACCAAUUAUUGAUCCAUGGUGCCCUUAGUUCCAUUAAUGUCCACUGUUUACGUCAACAUCUCUACUUGGCAUAUCAGCGCUGGAAACUAACAGUGUUAUAUAAUGGGCUUCAGAUUGCAUUGAGCCAACAGAAAGGUCUUCGUUACACCACGGAUAAAAUAAUAAAGGACACAUGCCUAAGAA